UCUGUUGAGCGUAGGUCUUGUCGCUUGUCAUGUAUUGCUAUCGAAUUGACAAUCUAGAGAAACAAUGGCAUUUGCUAACGAUUUUACAAAAAAAUUGUCUUUAGAGGAGACAAAGGCUCUUAUCUCAAUUUGGUCGAACGAACGGAUUCUCCAGAAUUUGGAACAUAGUUAUAGAAAAAAACACGUGUAUAACGAAAUGUCAACAGUGGUUAAACGACCAUGUAUUCAAGAAGACGGGGAAACAGUGCCAAAUAAAGAUAAGAGACAUAAAGUACUUAUACAGACUUUCACGGAGGAAACCAGGUAAUAGUCGACAGUUGACAGUCUUUGCUGAAUUUCUUAGCGUUAUGCCUGAUAUGCCCAAGUCUAAGGAAACUGGCGACAAGGAUGAUCAUGACGAUAAUAUUGAUGGUCCCCCUCUUCCUCUGUCGUCUCUGCGUCUUUUUGUUCCUCCACUGCGUUUGGUGUCGGCAGCUCUAUGGCAAGUUGUUCAGCAGGGAGACAUAAUGGACUAUGGCUUGGUGGAGGAGUUUGUAACCACUGUGUUGGAGGUGGUCCCGGAUAUGAUGAGUUACCGAGAGAAAGUCCAACUCGCCAUGGGGCUGCGGGCAAAGCUGGUUCUGGAGUUGUGCGAAUCGGUUCAGACAGUGGACCUGGAGGCCAUCCAGCCACACCUGAGCAGGAUUAGGGCCAUCACUAAUAUAGAAAAGAUGCCUGAUCCAGAGGUGGAGGCAUCAGAAUCAAAGUUCUUGGAACUUGUCCGAACUCUUCUAGAUAACCCAAAUAAGAAGAUCUUUUUUUUUAAGGAGGUUUUUCCAGUAGAAUUCGGGCCCAUGUAUGACACAGCACUGCAGACUCUAAUGUGGGAGUUCCUCUCCAGGCUGGAGAAGCUGCUUCCAACACCUACAUUUCAAGAGACUGCGUCGUGGCUCAGACCUGCUCCCUCUCUGCUAAAGGAGUGUGCACAGACUGUAACUCAACCACAUCCUUUGAAGACUCUCCUACUGCACCACAGAUGCCACGGUCAUUUGUUCACUAAUGUUCCUUCAUCUUGUGUCAAUGAUCACAUCCUCUCUUCACUAUCUCACUCGCUCUCAGAGAAGAUGGCAAUGGAUAUUGAUGAGGCAUGCACUAAAACAACUUAUGUACCCAGAUAUUGCCCUGUAUAUAGCACUGACUAUGAGGCUUUGAAAGAGGAAAAUUAUACAGAUGAGGAGCUGGACAGGAGUUUGGACACUGUUAAUAUGAUGCCAGUGGAGUUGAUGGAUAAAGGGAUAGAUGACUGUGGACUGGCAACUGAAGUUGCCAAAGUAGAGACUGAAAUGGCAGAAGAGGUGUCCCAACCAUCAUCAAUGCACAGUGGGGUUGUUGGUCCCUGGUCCCUGGAGGAGACAAAGGCACUGAUCACCAUAUGGUCAAAAGAAGAGAUUCUUCUGAAGUUAAAACAAAGUUAUAGAAACAAACAUGUGUAUAGCGAAAUAUCCAACUUGUUAAACACUCUUGGCUUCCAACGGACUUGGAAGCAGUGUAAAAAAAAGAUUAGAGACCUGGAGUGCAGCUACAGAAAAGCACUGAUAAACCCAUCCAGCAGUAUCCAAGGGAGCUGUUCGUUAUUUUCUGAACUGCGUUGUUCUACGCUUGAUAUUGCUGUGGAAACUGGACAGGUUUCUGAUGGGGAAGAAAUGUCUUUGGAACAUGAUGAAGGGCCUUCUGUGGAUGUUUAUUUAGAAGAUCAUCAACAUGAGGAAAUGGCUUCCAGCAAAGUGACACCGAUGACACUCGCCACAGAGCAAAAAGAUGAGAUAGAAGGGCAUGAAGCAUUUCACAGUCCUCAAAAUGAUAGGAUCAAAAUUGAAGGAGAAACCCAUUGUUGCCAACCGACAGUUAAAGACGUGUCUAAUUUGGAUUUUGAGUCUGUAGUGCCUCUACCCCAACUUCAUGACAAUGCACUUAUGACAUUUCAUCCAUGUUGUUUCAAUGACCACGUCCUCUCUUCACUGCCUCGCAUGGUCUCAGAGAAGGUUGAAACGGACAUUGGGACAAAUUCCGAAUUCUCUUGUGCACCUAGAAAUUGCCUGAUGUAUAAUAAUGAGAGUGAGGCUUUGAUGGAGAAAAAUAAUACAGAGAAGGAGCUGGGUAUGAGUUUGGACACUGUUGUUAAGUCAGUGGAAAUUACUGAUAGGACUGAGGAAGGAGUAAAAAACUAUGAAGAGAGGCUUCAUCGUCAAAAACAAACUGACGCAGUUGUAAAGGUAGGGAUAUUAUAUGCAGAAGACGUGUCCCAAACAUCAUCACCAACAGUCUACCUUGGACGGCCAUGGUCCCUGGAGGAGACAAAGGAGCUUAUCGCCAUUUGGUCAGACAAACAGAUUCUUCAGAAGCUUAAGAAAAGUUAUAGAAAAAGAAAUGUGUAUAGCGAAAUAUCCAAGUUGUUAAACAACCAUGGAUUCAAACGGACUUGGAAGCAAUGUCAAACUAAAAUUAGAGACAUGAAGUACAGCUACAGACGAGCACUGAGAAACCCAAGCAGUGGCAGCAGUGGCUCAGUGACCUGUUUGUUUUUUUCUGAAUUGCGUUCAUUGCUUUCUGCCAUGCCUGAUGAUGAUAAUAAUGAGGGAAAUGGACAGGUUUCAGAUGGAGAUGAAAUGUUUUCAUAUCAUGACGAAGGUCCUUCUGUGGACGUUUAUUUAGAAGAGCAUCAACAUCAUCAACAUGAGGAAAUGGCUACUGUAAAAGGGACGCCAAAAACACUCACCACAGAGCAAGCAGACGUGAAUAAGGGUCAUGAGGCAGUUUAUAGUCCUAAAUGUGAAGGGAUCAAAAUCGAAGGAGAAACCCUUUGUUGCCAACAUGCGGUUGACGACAUGUCUCAUUUGGAUCUACAGCCUAUAGUGCUUCUACCUCAACUUAACAACAGUGCUUUGAUGACACUUCAUCCGUCUUGUGUCUCUACACUGCCUCGCUUGGUCUCAGAGAAGGUGGACAUGGACAUUGAUGAGACACGUUCUGAGUCCACCAUUGGGCCCAGAAAUUGGCACAUAUAUAAUCGUAAGGCUGAAACUUUGAAAGAGGAAUGUAAUACAGAGCAGGACCUGGGGAUAAGUUUGGUCAGUGUUAACAAGAUGCCAAUGAGCGAUAAGACAGAGGGAGAGAACUAUGACGAGAGACUUAAACAUCAUAAUCCAACUGAUGUUGUAAAGGUAGGGAUUGUAGAUGCAGAAGACAUGUCCCACACAUCAUCAACGGUGCAGAAUGUUGGACGCAACUGGUCCUUGGAGGAAACAAGAAUGCUUAUUGCCAUAUGGUCAAAUGAACAGAUUCUUCUGAAGUUUAAACAAAGUUAUAGAAACAAACAUGUGUAUAGCGAAAUAUCCAAGUCGCUACAUAACAAUGGCUUCAAACGGACUUGGAAGCAAUGUCAAACUAAAAUUAGAGACUUGAAGUGCAGCUACAGACAAGCACUGAGAAACCCAAGCAGCAGAGUCCGAGAGACCUGUCCAUUCUAUUCUGAAUUGCACACAUUUCUUUUCGCCAUGCCCGAUAUGCCUGAGUGUAAGGAAACUAGCCAGGUUUCAGAUGGAGAAGAAAUGCCUUUGGAUCUGGAUAAAGGGCCUUCUGUGGACGUAUAUUUAGAAGAGCAUCAACACGAGGAAAUGGCUUCUGGACAAGUUACACAAAUGGCAGUCACCACAGAGCAAACAGACAAGAUAAAGGGACAUGAAGCAUUUCAUAGUCCUGAAAAUGAUCAGAUUAAAAUUGAAGGAGAAACCCAUUGUUGCCAACAGGCUGUUGAAGACGUUUCUGAUUUGGGUUUUGAGUCUGUAGUGCGGUUACCCCAACCUCAUGACAACACUGUUGUGACAAGUGAGUCAAACAUUUCUAUACAUGAAAACAAUACUAAAGUACGUUCUGUAACACAAAUAUUUAAUGAUUUUUGUUUUUCAGUUCAUCCAUCUUGUUUGAAUGACCCCAUCCUCUCUUCACUGCCUCACUUGGUCCCCGAGAAGUUGGAAAUGGACUUUGAGUCUGAAUCCAUUUGUGCACCUAGAAAUUGCCCCAGAUUUAACAAUGAUAGUGAGACUUUAAAAGCAGUAAAUAAUGUAGAGGAGUUAAGGAUAAGUUUGGACACUGUUGUUAAGUCAGUGGAAAUUACUGAUAGGAAUGAAGGGGGAAAGAGAAACUAUGACAAGAGACUUAAACAUCGUAAGCCAACUGACGCUGUAAAGGUAGGGAAAUUAGAUGCAGAAGACGUGUCCCAAAUAUCAACAAUGGUGUACCUUGGACGGCCAUGGACCCUGGAGGAGACAAAAGUGCUUAUCGCCAUUUGGUCAAAGAAAGAGAUUCUUCAGAAGCUUAAGCAAAGUUAUAGAAAAAGAAAUGUGUAUAGCGAAAUAUCCAAGUUGUUAAACAACUAUGGAUUCAAACGGACUUGGAAGCAAUGUCAAAGAAAAAUUAGAGACAUGAAGUACAGCUACAGACGAGCACUGAGAAACCCAAGCAGCAGUGGCUCAGUGACCUGUUCUUUCUAUUCUGAACUGCAUACAUUACUUUCUACAAUGCCUCAUAAUAAUGAGGAAACUGGCAAUUUCUCAGAUGAAGAAAUGUCUUUGGAUCAGGAUGAAGGGCCUUCUGUGAAUGUUUAUUUGGAAGACCUUCCACACAAAGAAAAGGCCUUUGUGACAGAAAAUGCAUUUGCUGAAGAGCCAACAGAAGAAAGAAAGAGUGAUAACACUUUUCAAAGUUCUCAAAGCGACAAACUGAUGAAAAUCAAAGAAUCCCAUUGUUGUUUAAAACUGGUUGACGAACUGUCAGAAUUGGCUCUUCAGAGUGUCAAAGAGCUGUCAGAUGAAGAUAUAUCCUCAACGUCUUAUAGAGUUUUAAAUGAUGAGAGCUGGACACAGAACUAUAAAUGGACCUUGGAAGAGACACAGACACUUAUCGCCAUAUGGUCAAAUGAAGAAAUUCUUAAGAAGUUAGAGCAAAAUUUCAGAAACAAACACAUUUAUAGCGAAAUGUCAAAGUUGUUAGAUAACCAUGGCUUCAAAAGGACUUGGAAGCAGUGUCAAACAAAAAUUAGAGACCUGAAGUACAUGUACAGAAGAGCGCUUAGGGACCCAAGCAGUAGAGUGAACUUCUCGUUCUUUUCUGAACUGCACACAUUUCUUUCUGCUCUGUAUGAUAGGAGAAAAAAUGAUUGUAUCACUCAAGUGCUAGAAGAUGUAUCUGUUUUGGAUCUUCAACCUGUAGUGCUGCUGCCACAAGUUCACAAAAAUGUACUGAUGAAAUGUGAGUAUAUUGAAAAUAUAAUACUGAUAGUAAGUUGGAGGUACCAUACUGUGCAAAGGUUUCAGGGCACUUUAAACAUUGAUUAAAGCUAUUUAUUCUAAAAGAUAAAAACGCUAUAUUACAUUAAAGGAAACAUAGAAAACAUGAAUACAACAACAAGAAAUAUAAAUCUGUCAGUAGUUUCUAUAGGUCUCCUUAGAAUGCAAUUUACUUUUAGUUGUUAUUUUUCAAGUAGUCUUGCUUCAUACAGGAUUUUCCCAUAACUUUGUUUUUUGUUUUUUUUACUUUGGCUGCUUUUUGUUGUGCUCUGUGUCCAGCUUAUCCAACACAGUUUAAAUCUUGUUGAGAUUAGGGCUCAGAAAUGGCCAACCUAAUUUUGCACAUCCUCUGCAACUGGCUCUUAAUUGUUUUUGCCGUAAUUUGUGUAAAUAUUGUGCUGAACCUUUCUGACAAUCAAAGAGAGACAUUUUUUUGCAAGUCUUUUCACAGUUGAAGCAUUUACAUUGCAGUCAGAGGCUGAGCAUGCACUUAACUGGAUUUGCUUCUGUCCCCCAAAGAUGUUAGGUACUGUGGUUUGGGUGCAUGCUGCUUUUUGGUAUUACUGAGUUGUCUCUGUUCAUGCAAUAUAGUGUUUUUUUACAAACAAAUAAAUAUUGCCCACAAAAACUUAAAAUAUGGUGAACUCCAGUAAAGUUAAAAUUACUAUUUUUGCAUUGCAAUUGUAAAUUGUGAGGCAAACUCGAGGAGGAAAAGCUAGUUCUGCAUGAGUGGUGGUAUGGGUAAAUCAUGUGUGUUGAAACCAAAAUAAAAUAUGACAUUUUGUACUUUUGCCUCAUGUAAUAAAUCUUUUAAUUUUGUUUUCAUAUUCUUUGAGCGUACAGCAAAAAUCACAAUUUAGAAUGUAAUGUCCCAACACUUAUGGAGGGCACUAUUUUCCUAGGUGGCCUAAAACUUUUGCACAGUCCUGUAGUUGUGCGUGGAAACUGCAUUCCAAUAACUAAACACUGGGUGAGAUUGACAUAUGCAUCCUUUAAACAAUGGAUCUUCUUUCCUGUCAACAGGUCGUGCACCUCGUUCAUUUUCCGGCACCAUCAGACAUUCUCUUAAAAGAAGCAAGUGUGACAAGAAAUGUUCCUUAUGUGGGAGGAGAUUU